UGUUUUUGGAGAGGCAGCAGGCGAACAUCGUGCUUCAAAGAUGGCGUCGAGCCAACAGCGGCUUCCUGGAGGAGCUGAAACAGGGAAACCUGGAGCGAGAGUGCAUCGAGGAAAUCUGUUCCUACGAAGAGGCGAGGGAGGUGUUCGAGGACGAGGACAGGACGAAACAAUUCUGGCUGACGUACGAACGUCGCGACCCCUGCCUGGUGAACCCGUGUCGUAACAACGGGACGUGCGUCUACAUGGAAACUUCGUACAAAUGUUACUGCAGCGAGGGCUUCGAGGGACAGUACUGCCAGACGGUGAUAGAAGACGCGCUGAAGUGUCUCUAUCAGAACGGACACUGCGAACAGUUCUGCGACGGAUCGGCUGAACAUCGUACGUGUUUCUGCGCCGACGGAUACAAGCUGGGGGAAGACGGGCGGAGCUGCGCCGCUCAGGUCGAGUUCCCCUGCGGUCAGGUUCCUCCGAAGGAACUGGUCCCAGAUCAGAGUGCAGUGGGUCACACCCGGCUGGUGGGGGGGAGACAGUGCCCCCCCGGAGACUGUCCCUGGCAGGUUCUGGUCCAGUUGAACGGAGAGAGUCACUGUGGAGGAGUUCUGGUGAACAGCCAAUGGGUGGUCACCGCGGCACACUGUAUCCAUGGCAACAACAGAGAACAGAACCUCACCGUGGUGGCAG